AUGUCUUUGAGAAGAGUUAAAGAGACAGCUCCAACCACUACAACUCCGGCUCCAACCACUACAACUCCAGAUCCAACCACCACAACUCCAGCUCCAACCACCACAACUCCAGCUCCAACCACUACAACUGCAGCCACCACAACUCCAGCUCCAACCACCACAACUGCAGCCACCACAACUCUGGCUCCAACCACCACAACUCCGGGUCCAACCACUACAACUCCAGCUCCAACUACUACAACUCCAGCUCCAACAACCACAACUCCGGAUCCAACUACCACAACUCUGGCUCCAACUACCACGACUGUAACCACCACAUCUCCGGCUCCAACCACCACUAUUGCAGCCAAUAGAACUCCAGCUCCAACCACUACAACUCUGGCUCCAACCACUACAACUCCAGCUCCAACUACCACAACUCCAGUUCUAACCACCACAACUCUGGCUCCAACCACCACAACUGCAGCCACCACAACUCCAGCUCCAACCACUGCAAGUCCUGCUCCAAUUAGAACAACAAUAUCUCCAACGACCACAACUACAUCCACCACAACUCUCGCUCAGACAACCACUCUUUUAGCCACUACAUCCCCAAUAAGUAUAUCCCAAGGCUUGAAAUCAUUGGCACAUCUACAGAUGAAGAUAACUUCUAUUGGAGAGAUCAGCAAUGGAACCAUCACUGAACAUGUUAAACAGUUUUUUGACCAGCUCCUGAAUGGAACAGCCCACACAGUAACAGUGACAAAAAUCCGGAGGGUUAGAGUUGCCCCAUAGAUACUUCAUGUAGACAGAAAUAGUCCAAAGUGAAUGUAUAACGACAACAAUUGAUAAUCCCCAAACAGUAUUGUUGAAUGUAAAUUGUGGCAAUGUGUAAGUGGCAAAGUGUCAAAUUAUUUGCAUAUUAUUUGCAUGGCAUAAUGGGAAGCUCAAACAAAGCAGUCUGACCUGUCAAAGAAGUAAAGUAAAUAUUUUCUAAAAGAUUAUUUUUGUACUAUAGUUAUUGUUUAUUUUAUAUGAUAUUAAUUAGACUUUAAAUAAAGUAAAAAAUAA